GAACCAGCUUUGUUGGACAAUGUAGCUUUUUGGAUCCAGAAGCUUGUCUGCUUUACAGCAUCUGCACACGGUGUAGUGUUAACAUCCUUAAGACAGGACAAACAGGCAGGAUAUUAGUGCAAAAGUGGAGAAGUUUUCAUAGGAUCACUGGAGUUGAGAAGAAACUUUUCUUUCCAUUUCCAUCCUUGUCAUCUUGGGGUUGCUUCUGUUGAAACAAGAAUGGGUCAGCUGUGUGGACGAUGCUUGCAGCUGCUACAUGACUUCAUAGCCUUUGUUCAGAGGAUGUCCUCCAGCUUGGUGCAUUGCAUCAAGGAAUGCUUAACUCUAAUAAGAAAAUGCUCCUGCUUAAAACAAAAUGGCUCUAAAACCAGACAGCUCUACAAGCCCAUCCUGCAGCCCCAUGAGAAAGUGACAGCACAGGAGUUUCUGCAGCAUAUUGAAACAGGUUUUGAAGUGUCACCACUUGGAAAGGACCCUCUAGAAGCCUUGAGGACCUUAGCCUUUUCAGAAAACCCAGGAUUACAGCAGUCUGCUGCCCUCUAUUACUUGCAUAUGAGUCAGCACAUGAACAUCCCCCUGCCUGUGGAGCACCUGGAACCCUUCUAUGCUUUAUUGCGGUCUACUGACCUGGAGGUGCAGCAGAUGUCUUCUUUGUCCCUUGUCAACUUCUUGCUGGAAGGAAAUGAGUCCAACAGAGAGGCUAUUGGUGCUGCUGGAGGAGUUACACCCCUACUGUCUCUUGCCAAUUCCUGUGAUCCUAGAGUCCAACAAAAUGCAGUUGGUGCUAUUCUCAACCUCACACAAUCAGAGAAAAUGCAGCAGGUCCUAUGCAAGGAAGGAGCCCUACCAGUUCUUGCCUUGCUGCUGGACUCUUCUGACUUAGAAGUGCAGUAUUACAGCUGUGCUGCACUAAGCAAUGUGGCAGCCAAUGUUCAGCACCACGAAGCCAUGCUGAGACCCAGCAACAGGUUCCUGCUGCGUACGCUCAUCUCUCUCCUGUCUUCUUCUGUGGAUAAGAUUUCAAGCCAGGCAUGUGUUUGCCUAAGAAAUUUGGCUACGAGUGCAGACAUCCAGGCUGAGAUGGUUGCUGAGGAUGUCCUGCCCAAGCUUCGCUCUCUCCUGGCAUCUAACAGCGAGGAUGUACGUCAUGCCUCCAUUGCUCUGCUCUGGAUACUGUCCCAGCACACACACAACCAGGACACUCUGGCAUGUGCUGAGCUGCUGCAGAGCCUGGGUAUGCUAGUGUCAGCACAUAAAACAGACCCCGUGAUUGUUGGCCAUACUGCUUGUAUCAUCAAAAACCUGAGUCUUUCCAAAAACAGACAGAGAAUCCUUGAGAGCCCAUGUAUUGAAGUUCUCCUCCAGACCAUGCUUUCUACUGACACUCAAGAAGACUCUCUUCAUUAUGUGACAUCUUGCCUUGCUGAACUAGCAAAGCAAGAAGGAGCCACAUUAUACAUGGUCCAAUGGAUGAAUGAACCCUUGACAAAGUGCCUGCUGAGACUGGCUGGCCAGCUGGAACACACCGAGCCAUCCUUCCAUGCUGCCUCCAUCAUCCAGCACCUGAUAAGUCAUGACAAAAUGAUGCUUUUGUUGAAGCGACACAUGAGAGAGAUUCAGGCCUACCUCAAGAGUUUUCUUACCCACCAAGAGCUCCGCUUUCAGCAGCUGGGCAUCUCUACCUUCUGCAGACUAAGAGAAGAUCCAGAAUUUUCAUUAGUGUUCCAAAAAAGCCAAAUGGCCAAACUCCUUGAGCAAGUCCGCCGACAGACAGAAGAAACUCAAGAGCUCCUUCGGGCAGCUAUUUGCCAUGAAGAAGUGUAGUAUUUAAGCCGUGUGGCUUAUGAAAACUUACCAGAUCCAAGAGCCUGAACUUUCAGAGAAGACAAUUCAUUCCAUUGGCUGCUGUAGUUAAACUUCUCCUGCUGCAUACAGUUUCAUCUUACAAAAAGGGAGUUUCAAUAACAAGGACCAGAGCAGAUCAGAAGAGAAUCCCUUCAAUGCUUUGGCUGCCUGCUUAAGAGGACUACAGCUACAUUUCUUCCAACUGUUAUGCUUGGGUAAUCUGCCAUCCUUUGUUUUGGGGCUCCUCACCAUCCCCUUCAAAACCACAGUGCUGUGCUCAUAAGGUUUUAUGCAUGUAACAGGCUGAUUUUGUUGAAGAGGUAUCUCUUGAGUACUCAGUUCCUCUGAAUUCAUCUCUAUUACUGUCCCACGCCUCUCAUUUCAGAGCACCUCCUAGAGAACAACACAUAGUACAAAGGUUGCAAGCUGAUCACUACAGUGAGUAACUGCUGAGAGACAACUCAGGAAAACAGAAAGAAACUUGUGAGAAACCAGAACAGGGGAAGCCUUCAGGCUGAUCCCUGCCUACACUGUAGGCACAACUCUCCAGCAGAAGAGCAAAGCCACACAGGUGCAGUUAAAUGUGGCACAGAGCACGUUCAGAAUAUAGCAGCUGCCACAAAAGAUUUGGGUGCUUUGUGUUCUAAUAUAGAAAUCCCUGUUCUGCAAAUAUUAUCUCCAAAGGUACUUACAUCAGAGACAAAGUGAUCAAAGCUGUCAAAAAUAGGAACUGAUCUUAUAUUUUGAUCAAAUUAAUUUGAAAAUGAGUUACAAAAAGGACAUGCAUACAGGAUACUGAAGCUUGCCUUCAGAGGGACAGUAUUUCACAGACCUUUCAGCCAACCAAAACGUUAUUUUUCAGGGUAAAACAGCUGUAGCACAGAGCCUUGAAAAUAUGAGGCACUGUCCUUUUAAUGUAAGAUUUAAUUUGUAAGAGAACAGUAAUCUAAUAACAGUAAUAGUAACCAUCACCUAUCAGUAAUCCAAGUUCACCUUUGAUCAGUGCACUUGUUUUUAAAUACAAGAAUCUGGCUGGAGCUUCACGUUGAACUGACUGGAGUACUGACACUUUGGAACUACUCAUGUGACAAACACCUGCUCCCAGAUACCACAGUUCCUUCUGACAUCAUUUCAGAAGAGUUUCCUGUCUUCUGAGGUGCUUCUGACCAUGCUGUAACUCUUACAUGCACGUAGAGCUUUGGAGUUGCUACUGGCUACAAACAAAGAAUAAAAGUGAGAUUAAAAAAAAAUAAUUAACAAAAUUAAUUCUGUUAUAACAAAUUGCUCAGCACUGCAUUUUACUGUGGCCCAAAUCCCUAAGCUUUGUUUUGGUGCUUGGGGGAUGCAUUUCUGCUAAUGAUAACCAUGCUCAAAAGCCUAUCUGCAGUGCAGUAAAAAGGGCUGUUAAAGAGCAGGGCAGAUAGGCUGCAGAUGAAGCAGUGCUCACCUAUGACAGGAAUUGUCUUUUGAAAUGUCAUGUGAUAGAUAUGCUAAGCUGUGGGCAUUUGGGCUUAGUAGAACAGAGGACUACAAAGAGAUGAAUGGCAGAGCUAGGAACAAAAUGUCAAACUUCAGGCCACCUCCUAUGGUGACUCUAAAAAAACAAAUCAUGCAACAUUAAGUAGUGGUAUUAGAGACUCUGUUUGCCUUAGGUAUUUAACUGCAAAAUAUGCAUCGAGGUCCUAGCAAGAAGAAAAGUAACUAAGCACUCUUCAGCAGGAAUGAGAAGAGAGACGUGAAACAAGCUAAGCUAAUGGUGAACAGUGGUGAUGUACUAAGCUAAACUCACUGAAUGGCACUCUCCUAAGCAUUCAAGUUGUGCUGUUAAGAGAAAAUAAAGGGGCUGAGUCUUUCCAAAGGACAUGGUGUAGCUGCUGUGAAAGGUUACUACUCCAUACCUUCAGACUAGCUCUAUGACUUCUACAAUUGCUAGCUGUAUGUCAGUGGGCUUCCCAAUUCAAGAGAGACAGGGACCUGCUAGAGAGAGUGCAAUGGAGAGCCACAAGGAUGACUGGGGGACUUGAACAUCUCCCCUGUGGACACAGACUGAGAGACCAGGGGCUGUUUGGAAGAGAAGACUGAGAGGGGAUCUAAUCAAUGUCUAUAAAUAUCUGAGGGGUGGGUGUGAAGUGGAUGGGGCCAGUCUGUUUUUUGGUGGCGCACAGUAAAUGAGACAAGGACCAACAGUACAAGCUGGAACACAGAAGAUUUCACCUCAACAUGAGGAGAAACUUCUUUACAGUGAGGGUGACAGAGCACUGGAACAGGCUACCCAGAGGGAGUGUGGGGUCUCUUUCUCUUCAGAGUUUUAAGCCCUGCCUGGAUGCAUUCCUGUGCAAACUACCCUAGGGGAUCCUGCUUUGGCAGAGGGGUUGGACGGAUUCGAUCUCUGGAGGUACCUUCCAACCUCUAACAUUCUGUGAUUCUGAUUGUCUGAGUAGUUACAUCUUACACAGAACAAAGAGAGCUGCAGCAGCAGGCAAAGAGCUAACUUUCCUUUGAUAAUAUAUAUCAAGAAUAACAUUCAACAACAGACAUUCUCUUGCCCUGCACUUAAAAAAAAAAGGGGAGGGGAGUUAAACCAAGAUGUAAAAUUUCAGUCAGUUUUCUUUUUUCUUUUCUUUGGAUUCUUAGACCUACCAAUUGUCAUCCAAAAUUUCUAGCUUUUAGUUUGUCAAGCCCUUGGAAAGGAGGAAAUUAUCUUUAUCAUUUGAAGCAAAGCUGGAAUUAAUAUAAGUCGGUUUUAUUGCUGUCCUGUUAAAUAAAAAAAGCCACUGUAUGAAAAAAUGAAUCAGACUCUUCAUCCC